ACUACGACCCCCUGGCGAACAUCCACACCUUUUCCGCCUGCCUGGCGCUGGCCGAUUUGCAUGGGGAUGGGGAGUACAAGCUGGUGGUAGGGGACCUUGGCCCGGGCGGGCAGCAGCCCCGCCUGAAAGUGCUCAAAGGACCCAGAGUACUGACUGAAAGCCCACUCCCUGAGCUACCGGCCGCUGCUGCCACCUUCCUCAAGGACCAACAUGAGCCCCGAACACCAGCUCUGGCGCUUGCUUCAGGCCCUUGCGUGUAUGUGUAUAAGAAUCUUAGGCCCUACUUCAAGUUCAGCCUGCCCCAGUUGCCUGCAAACCCCCUAGAAGAAGAUCUUUGGAACCAAGCCAAAGAGGACCGGAUCGACCCCGUGACCCUGAAGGAGAUGCUGGAAGACAUCCGGGAGAGGGCAGAGGUGCCGUUGUCUGUACAGUCGCUCAGGUUUCUGCAGCUGGAGCUGAGUGAAAUGGAGGCGUUUGUGAACCAGCACAAGUCCAAGGCCAUCAAACGUCAGACAGUCAUCACCACCAUGACCACCUUAAAGAAGAACCUGGCUGACGAAGAUGCUGUGUCAUGCUUGGUGCUGGGCACUGAGAACAAGGAGCUCCUGGUGCUGGACCCGGAGGCCUUCACCACUUUGGCCACGAUGAACCUACCCAGCGUCCCCGUCUUCCUGGAGGUUUCUGGCCAGUUCGAUGUGGAGUUCCGGCUUGCCGCCGCCUGCCGCAAUGGGAACAUCUACAUCCUGAGAAGAGACUCCAAGUGCCCCAAGUACUGCAUCGAGCUGAGCGCCCAGCCUGUGGGGCUUGUCCGGGUCCACAAGGUCCUGGUGGUGGGCAGCAACCAAGACAGCCUGCAUGGCUUCACCCACAAGGGUAAGAGGCUGUGGACGGUGCAGAUGCCUGCAGCCAUCCUGACCAUGAACCUCCUGGAGCAGCAUUCCCGGGGCCUGCAGGCCGUCAUGGCCGGGCUAGCCAAUGGAGAGGUCCGCAUUUACCAUGACAAGACCCUGCUCAAUGUCAUCCGCACCCCGGAUGCAGUGACCAGCCUUUGCUUUGGCCGCUUCGGGCGGGAAGAUAACACCCUCAUCAUGACAACGCGAGGUGGUGGCCUGAUCAUCAAGAUCCUGAAGCGCACAGCAGUGUUUGUGGAGGGGGGAGGUGAGCUGGGCCCCCCACCAGCCCAGGCCACAAAACUCAGCGUGCCCCGAAAGACUCGGCUUUACGUGGACCAGACGCUGCGAGAGCGGGAGGCCGGCACCGCCAUGCACCGGACCUUCCAGACCGACCUCUACCUGCUGCGCCUCCGGGCCGCCCGUGCCUACGUGCAGGCCCUUGAGUCCAGCCUGAGCCCCGUGUCUGCGACAGCCCGGGAGCCACUCAAGCUACACGCUGUGGUUCAAGGCCUGGGCCCCACCUUUAAGCUCACACUGCACCUGCAGAACACCUCGACAGCCCGGCCAAUCCUGGGGCUGCUGAUCUGCUUCCUGUACAACGAGGCACUCUAUGCCCUGCCCAGGGCCUUCUUCAAGGUUCCCUUGUUGGUGCCUGGGCUCAGCUACCCCCUGGAGACCUUUGUGGAGAGUCUCAGUGAUAAGGGCAUCUCAGACAUUAUCAAGGUGCUGGUGCUUCGGGAAGGCCAGAGCGCACCUCUGCUGAGUGCCCAUAUCAACAUGCCUGUGAGCGAGGGGCUAGCAGCUGCCUGACCCCUGGACUGGAAUUAAAGCGCCUGCGGAAUUGGACCGGGAAGAUCCAGCCCCUUUCACUGGCUGGGCAGAGGCAGUGGCCCAGCCUGCUCCCCGCACAGCCGGUGCUGGGCCUCGGCUUCCCUCUCCCCUCCCAAGCUCCCCGUGCUCGCCAUCUGACCGCUGGUGACCUACAGCAGCAGGUCAGACUACCCAGGCGGUUCCGCGCCUUUCUGCUCAGGAAGGUGCAGGCACCAGCUCACUGGGCUCCUGCUGCUCCUCUGUCCUCCCCACUUUCCUCCAGAAACCACACCCAAGCCAAGGGGAACAGCUCUGACACAGUCAAGGUGAGAUGAGGGGCACGGCCCACCUUCUCCUUUGCCGCUCCCCUUGGGCACAGCGCCUACUGCUGCAGCUGGCCCAGCCAGAGGUGGCUGGGGCCUGGCCUGGGACAGUCAGAGGCUUUACUGGGUGAGACUGAACCCCCUGUUGCUCCCUGGGGUUCCAGAGGCUUAGCUGCUGCCAGUUCAGCUUGAAGCAAAAGACAUGCUCUGACCUCCCCUUGUGAGCUGAGCAGGGAGCCCCUUCUUUCUAUUCGGGGGCCCUGAGUGUAGCUGCCUCCCCACAGGGGGCUUUUCUGAAAUCUUGGGCUCAGUCAAGGUCUCAGGCCCGUGAUGCUCCAUGCAGAGGGCAUGGGGUGAAGACCACACAGGCACUGCUCCUGACGGGAUGCUUGGGUCCAGAAUGUACACCCAGGAGAGCAAGGCUCAGGUAGACGGAGCAGAGGGGUGCUGGGGGCACAGAGGGGCAUUUCUGGGGCUCUGAGGAGAUGGCACAGGAGGCAGAAGCCCAGAAUUGCCGAUCAAGAUGCGUUUCAAUGCCCUGGAGCCCAGAGCAGCAUGUGAGUGGAAAGUUCACCGGGCAGUGGCCAUAGUGAGGGAAUUCGCUGGAAAGGCAUGGACCAGAGGCUCGAGUGAGUCAGAAGGCUGAACAAAGGCACAUGUUCAGCCACAAGAACCAGAGACCCAGUCCCGGCCCUCGGUGCCUCACCGCCCUGGCCAGUCUGCCUCGCCACCUCUCGGCGUUCUGGGGGGGCCACUCCCGAGCCAGGAGCCCCACUCCCAGAGGAUCUACAUCUUCCCCUCUCUGAGCAGAAGCAGCCCGAUGUGUGGGGACAGCUCAGGGUUGUAACCCAAUCCUUGUGUAAAAGGCAGUUUCACCGGAUUCCGCUCUGAAGUCCUAUGAGCCCGGCAGCCCCCUAGAGGAAGUGAGUGGGCUCCAGAAAAGGGGAUACUUGACAGGAGUAACUGCAGAGACUUUGCCCUGAGGCCGAGGGCCCCAAGCUGACGGCCACUGCCAGGCAACAGCCUCUGUGCCCAAGACACUGUGAGGGACUGGGGUGACAGCCACAGUCACCCCCUCUCCCCGAGGAAUGCAUUCUGGGGUCAGGUAAACCAGUUAACUGCCAUGAUAUUUUGAAUUUAAUUUAAAAAGGUCCGCCGCUUGCGUCUAUAGACACUAUGGCGUACAAAUGGUUAAGACAAGCAAGGGGUCUAGACAGAAAAGAGCCCAUCCCCCUCUGUGUACAGUCCACACUCGCAGACAUGGACCAAUGGGGAGAGGACGGUGAAGGGUCUGGAUCAAAGCAACUGAUGCCCAGGGGGAACACACAGGAGGUCUCACCUGGAAAUGGACAGACAGGGAGAGGGCGUUGGGGGCACAGCAGGGUCACUGUCAGAGGCUUAGCUUAGCCUGAAGAGCUUUCUCAGGGAGCUUAUCCGACAAGGAAGCGCCUGCCCUAGAAGGUGUAGCCCCUUGUCACUGGCGCUGUGUCCUCCGGGCCGGGCUACCACCGCUCAGGUGGCUGUGUUGAACCAGAUGACCUUACAGUCUCUCACCCCAGUGAAGUGAUGAACUGUGUGAACUCGGAACAAAAAGGUCUGCUCUGGGUUCUCAUAGCUAUUCAUGAUGAAAGCAGAGAAACUGCUCCUAGGCCCAGCAACCAACGUGAGUUUAUAUGAUGGACUACCACGUGCUGUUACUAAAAACACAUGAACUGCAGUGAUGUGGACAGUGUAAGUGAAGCAGGAAGCAGUGCGCGGGACCCAGGGCCUCACUAGUCAGGACUCCGGGAAAUUGUGUACAUUAAGGAGGAGAGUUGGUGCCUGUAAAAAGAAUAUUUAUCUAAAAACACGAACCUACUUAGUACUAUGGAAUUAGACCAUAAGAAGAAAAGAGCGUCUCCCCACCCCAGCCCCGCUCCCCUGCUAGUCACUUGCAGUUAUCUUAGCUAUUUAUUUUUGUAACAUGGUUACACUGGUCUUGUUCGAUUUGUCAAUCUAAGACACUAUCUGUUGGCUCCCUUUCCUCACAGAUGAGGGACACCAUCCCUUCCUUGUCUUUCCAGUUUGUAGGUGAAUCAAUAUUCAGUUUGGAUUACAAUUUAUAUUAUUAUGUGAAAAUUAUUCACUGUGAACCAAGAAUUGGGCUAUAAUUAAAUUACCUUUUGAGUACCGGUA